AUGGCGCUGCAUGCCAACGACUCCGAUGAUUACAUGCCCGAUUCCGAGUCCUCGGACUAUAACGAAGAGGAUGACGAGCGACCAAAUCGCUGGGCGGGACCCCCAUCCACCUGGCAGCAGCUGAACAGCGCAGAAAUCGACACGCUCACCGCGCUCCACGAGAUCCGCAACCAGGACCUCUCGGUCCAUCUAUACAAUGCAUUCGCGCUCAAGCAGCGACACAGGAGACCACAGGACGGUACUCAGGGACCGGUGCCUGAGCAGGACAUCAACAAAGCGACUGGACUGCCUAUCGCCCAGGACGCAUGGGUGCCGCCGAAAUCAUGGACCGCCUGGCCGAUGCGCUUGAAUAAGGUCCCGCCGCCAGAGUUCAUGAAGAGGGCAGAUGGCGCCGACGAGCAGUUCACCUUCCGAAAGGCUGUGCGAGAUGUUCCUAGCACUGCUCUGGAGGAGACCAUCUCGGCUGCUGUCCUGAGGUCUGCUAAAGAGAGAUUCAAUGUCCGUCCGUGGGUUGAAGCGGACGGAGUGGACUCUGAAUCGGGGGGCAGUGAUGAUGGAGGUUCGGAUACGGAGACAGUGCCUGCAUCUAGCCGUGCAAGGUCCCGAUCAAAAUCCAAAUCUAAGUCCAAGUCCAUCAAGCCCGAGAGCGUGAGCGAGAGCGAGAAUAAGAACAGGAUGGACAUAGACGAGUCCGGCGGCGAGGCACCACACGUCUACGCGCCGCCUAAGAAGCGGCGCCUGAAGCCCACCGUCGCGACCGACGACGACCUCUCCUACGCCCUCCUGCGUCCCUCGGUGCGACACAUAAUGUCCAAGCUGGACACGACGCUCAUGGUCCUGCACAACGCGCAGGAGUCAGCGCUGCAGUACCAGUCUGAUUCCGCCGAGUCGGACGCGUCGGAUACCUCGCAGCGCAGCGGACAGUCCAGAGACCGCUCGCGGCCCUCGGGACGCAAGCGAGGCCGGCCGCCGAAGUCAGGCGAGCCGUCGCAGAUGAGGGAGUCGGCGCCACCGCCCGAACCCGAACCGUCUGCUGAUGGCGCGAAGAAGAAGAAGAGGCAGGGGAGACCGAAGAAGUAUUAUCCCAAGCUCGAGGGCGAGACCGAUAGAGAGUAUACCAUCCGCGUCGCCAGACUACGGAAGGAACCGGUGCCUUUCUUUGCAGAUACCGAACCACAAGCUGGAGCUGAGUCGAGUCCAGCGCCGGUAUCAGCGCCGGACUCCGGCGUCGAACCUGGACGAGAAGACAGUCCUGGAGAGGAUAGUGCUUCUGCCCCCAAGCCACAGAAGACGAGACGCAAUGCGAAAAAAGUCCAGUCAGUCGAAGACCCGGACAGAGAAGAAGCCGCCCCAGCGAACCCGAACCCAGUCAAGCCCCGCCUGGGCCUCAGAGACUGGACCGACGUCCUCGGCGCCGCGGCCCUAGCCGGAUUCUCCCCGGGGGCGCUCGACCGCGCCGCCCGCCGGUGCGCCGACAUAUUCCAGCAGAUCAUGGUCCUGCAGACCCUCGUCGAAGAAGCACCACCGCCAUCCCACCAUAGCCAAAACCAUCACCACGCACCGCAAGCACAACGCAUUACGCGGUACGAGCCGGGCAUGGCGUCGGUGCCGCUUCUCGGUCGGGAAGACGAAGACGACGAGGAAGAAGAAGAAGUUAGAUAUGCCCGAAACGCGCUCCGGCGGUCCCAGUCCCGCUCGCGCGCCCUGAGCGCGGAGCCUCCUAAGUCCGAAGACGAAUCUCGCGGCCGCGGCCGCUCCGUCUCGGGCAGCAGCAGAUCACGCUCCGCGUCCAUAACCAACACCUCCUACUUCUGCGCCUUCCGGGACUGUCCGCGCGCGGUAGACGCGUUCGCGCGGAAGACCAACCUGGUGCGGCAUAUGAAGCUUGUGCAUGGUUACGAAGAGGGGACCUCUAUCCAGGGAGACAUGGGAGACAUGGGCAUGAUGGGUAUGAUGGGGAUGGGGCUGGACGAGGUGGAUAGCGAGGACGAGAUGUAUGGCGCUGUCCAUGUGGAUGGCUUCCUCAGGCCGAUUCGGGUGAGGCAGGGCUGGCGGGCGGGGGAUGUGGCGGAGGAGCCAAGAAGCAGGCGGAGACGGGCAGGACGGGGAAGGGUGAGGAGGGGGUCCGGGAGUAGUGAUUUGGACACGGGGCGGGAGGGAUCUGGAUUUAAAUGA